AGGAGAAAGUUCGGAAAUGGCUUUUAGCAGUUUCACCUCUGUUAUGUUCGGUUUAUUUUAACGUGCACACCCGGGCCGCUUUUCCAUUCUUUGGAUAAACCUCACACUGGACCAUAUGCAUGCUUUUGCCUGAGUUUCUCUCAUUUUUGCUUCGCGCAAAUUUGGCGAACAACCAGCAGUGCGCACCAUGACGAAUGAGGGUCGUGCGUGUGGGGACGGCUGUCCCCCGCCGGCAUGUCACGGUGCCAGUGGACAGGUGGCCCAGCCCUGCGCAUGCGAGCCCAAAGCGCAACAAUCGCCUUCGCACCAUGCCCACCAACCAGUGGCAUUCCCGUGUGCCACCGUGAAGGACAAGACGGACGGCGGUCAGCCGGGGGCAGGCAAGAAGUCUUCGCCGUCCAAUAGCAAACUGUUCAUCCCGUCGUACCUGCACGAGAAGGAGAUUAUGGCCAGGAUGGUGGCACACGACUAUGGCCGCCAGUGGCUGGCAGAGCGUGACGCCUGGCACCAGCUGCACGCCACAUCGGACGAUCACCUGCGCGAGCGCAUGCUGGAGCGCUGCCGCGACACCGAGGCACGAUAUGUGGACAGCCAGAAAUGUUACCGUAACCUGAAGGAAGAAAUCGCCAGGGGACGCCUGGCCGGAUCAAAGAACAAGUACCGGCACAUUCAAGGGGCCCUCAACACUCACUGGAAUCCGUAUCCGCCUACCAAGGGCUGGCGAUGCUGAGGUGUCCAGCCUCGCGCGGUCCGGGCAGCCCCCCGGUCCUGUGGCAAAGCCAGAAGACCGGUAUCAAGUCAGAUCCCCGGGCACCGAACGGAUCACGUAGUCCAAACGAGGGCAGCCUGUAACGUGCUCCCUUGGCCAGUCAAAUCUUGUGGAUGAUCGGGAAAACAAAUAAACACCAGACGUCGUUUUC